GGCAACAUUACAGCAGGCAAAGGCAAACAAACGUCAAAAUAAUUUGAGGUUACAUAGUUUAUGAUUUCAUAAUUUUAGUUAAAUUCCACACUUCAUUGGCUUUAUUGUAUUACGAUACAAAGUAAAAACGUAUAUCAAGUUUCCUUUGGACUUACUACCAAGAUGUCCACCCGCUGGUACCCUAUAUACCAAAGGGGAAAUCCACAAUUAAGAGUAUUUUUACCCAAUUUCUGGAUGAAAUUGGUUAGACCUCGUCCUAAGCAACAGCCAAACAUGGUACAGUUCCAAUGUUCGAUGGAAAUGACCAAAACAGACAUCAAAAAUUAUUUAGAGAAGAUUUACAAAGUUCCUGUGAUAGAAGUGAGGACAAAAAUAUUACUUGGAAGAUUUCGUAGAGACUAUGGAAAAGGUUACAUUGUCAAAGAUGAUGAUGAAAAACAUGCCUUUGUAACUUUGCCUAAAUCUAUGCAAUUUGAAUUUCCCAAUAUUUUUGAAAAUGCAAAAGAUGAAGAAGAGGAAAGUAUGAAAUCUUUAGAUGAAGCCAAAAAAUCCUACAAGAAUUACAUAGAUCGCAACAAGGACAGGCCAGAUGUCCCCAGCUGGUUUUCAAUUUAAUACAAUAAUCUAUUUCUUUAAACUAGAUUGUUUAUAAUGUAUUAUAAGUAGUAAUAAAUUUGUGUCAUUUAAUUUAAAUUUUA